AAUGCACUUACACUUGCAGCUUGCACGUUGGACUUCACUCCAUAUCCGUACAGACCUUUAGGUGGAUGCAAUGGCGUUAAAGAGAGCGUAAGCGACUGGAACAUCUCCCCCCGCACCAGCUGCUGCCAAGAAGCUCUCAUCGUGUACGCGCAUGCAUUAGCUCUCGUCGCAAAAAACAGCUCAUCGGGGACCAUCUUCCUCAGCCAAGAUCAGUGGACCGACUGCACUCGUGCACCCUUUCAGCUACAGCCCAACAUGUCGAUCGAAAGCUGUGGCUUCAACAAUUUCUACUAUGGGAGUGGCAAGUGCUCAAUGCUGAAGCUCUCGGACAUCGACCCGAAUGUCACAAGCCAGUGCUCCAGCUUCGCCUCUUACGACGAAGCCUGUGGGAUUUGCACGAAGAAGAUAUCAACGGCGUUGGAUACGAUGAUGGAAAGUCUGGAUGUGAAGGGGAAUGAUACAGAGAGAGCUACUUGUCUCGUUGGCCUUAUGGUCUCAGUUAUUGCUGGGAAGAAGAAUGGUGCCUCUGAUGAUUUUGAGAGAUGCUUGCCUGCUUUGGCUGGUCCAGGUUGGCUCUCCCACUCUCGGCUAUAUUUACAAAAUCGAUAAAACGCAUUCCUAGAAUGCGUCAUUGAGUAAUCAUGCAUUUGGGAAAUGCGUGAUUAAAAUACGCAUUCUCAGGAAGCAUAACUCAAACACACAUUUGCCAAAUGCGCAACUCAUUUGAUGUGUAUUCCCAUUCAAUAUAAGUGAGUUAUGCAUUUGGCAAAUGCAUGUUUAAAUUACACAUUCGUGGAAUGUGUAUUUAAGUUGUUCAUUUGCCAAAUGUGUGACCACUAAAUUACGCAUUCUAUAAACGUCUUCUUAUCAAUUUUGUAAAUAACAAAAAAAAAGUACCUCUCUCUGUCUCAUGGUCUGACUUGAAACAUGUCUUCUUUCUUGCAGCGCCUCAUAAC